GAAGAUGAGAAUGCAGUGAUGUUGAGAGAGAAGCAGAGCAGCGGGCGAUACAGCUUUGAGGGAUGGUUAGUGUGAUUUUGUUAUGAUUUUUUUCCCUUUGACCCCUUGUUGACACACACACACACAACCCCUUUUUUAAGCCGCGCGUUUCAGAUCUGCGCUGUUUCUGUCUGUGGCAGUGUGGCGAUUGUUGUACAGCCACGAUCAGCUCCCUAGGGCGGGGGGCAGCUUGAUCACAUAUCCACAGAUCCAAGCCUUGGGCCGACGCGAAGGGGGGUCAAAAAGAAAAAAAAAGAAAACAGGUCUUGGAGAUCCGAAAAUAGUUCGGACAUUGAAAAAUGGGGGGAAGGGAGGGGUAAAACUCCACCGCAUGAGACGCGAUGCUAGUCCCACUCAGAGGAGCUCUGAGAUCCAACGUGGGACAUGCUGUGACUCAAAAGAGUCGGUGCAAGACGCAGCGGGAGCAAUUAGGCGGGCCUAGCUCCGGGCUCGCGGACCGGCUCGUGAUUCGCCGAAAAGUGAAGCCGAUGACUCGGACUCCCUCUAGAUGGCACCUCCUUCAAGUCAAGAAGGAGUUUCAGAAGUUUGCCGAUAGGUUGAAAAAGACACUCCUGACUUUGAUUCUGGGAAUAGGGAGCGGAAGACCUGUGUGUCAAUCCCUCCUUCUCCUCUAACGAAGCUCCAAUGAAGAUCCGUUCUUGGAGGCAGUCAAUCAGAACUUCGUAUCGUAAAUCGAGCUCUGAUUUCGUUACAUAACAAAGGACCGGUCACCGGCUUCUCCUCCGAGGUCAAAGUCGAGGGGAGAUCGCCGAUAAUUUCUCGUUGAUUGCUACAGUGCAAUAUACCCCG